AUACGCAUCGUUCUGGUUGAAGGUGCCUCAAGUCUACGAGCAUCUUCUCUCUCUUAAACCUUCUCCCUCUCUCUCUCUCUCCUAAAAAGUCAUGACUGAAGCGUUGAUUUCAAACAGCAACUCCACCAAAACAGUCAAGUUCCUCUACAGCUACGGCGGAAAAAUCCUCCCCCGUUCCACCGACGGCAAGCUCCGUUACGUCGGCGGCCUCACCAGAGUCCUCGCAGUCGACCGUUCUGUCUCUUUCAAAGAGCUAAUGGAGAAAUUCGAAGAGCUCUGUGGACUCCCGAUGCGUUUGAAGUGUAAAUUGCCGAGCGAAGAUCUGGACGUGUUGGUUUCGAUCACCUGUGACGACGACCUCGCUAAUGUCAUGGACGAGUACGAUCGGUUCUCGUCGUCCACGCACAAGGACGUGAAGAUCACUACCGUGCUUUUUCCGAUUAGAUCUCUGAAAACGAUCUCUCCUGUUUCGAGCGUCGAUGACUUGUGCUCUACUGGUUCCAGCGGCGAGUUCUCGUCGUACUCGGUGGCCCGUGUCCGUUCGGCGCCGCCGCGUAGCAGGGAUUCGUCGCCGAAGUUAGGUUUUCGUGGUGGUGAAGUUCGGUAUCGGCCUUGUUGUGAACAAGGAAGGAUGCCUAGGCAGGUUUACCGUUGCUGUGAACAAGGAAGGCCUAGACAGGGCUAUGUUACUCCUCGCUUGAACCGUUGCCAGUAAUCCAGAAGACGAUGACGAUAACUAUACAUACAUAUGAAAAUAGGAAAGUACCAGUAGUAUAAGAUAUGGACAAGGAAAAAAGAGUAGAAUUAGGGAUCAGAAAAAGAGCCGGAAAAAAACUCGAGUCAUACAAUUUGUGUGGUUAGGAUCGUGGAUUUUUUGAUUUCUCGAGGACUGAAUUUGAUUUCGACGUUUUUUGUGGUGGUGAUUGUCAAUUCAGUUCAGUCCAAAAUUGAUUCAUUUGUUGAA